AAACACCUCGCCAUCUGUCACUUCUGGCCGUGCAGUCUUCGAUCAGGUCCAAGGCCGUACGAAUUUUCUGUCUGGACCGCGAAAUCCGGAUUUGCAGCCUCCGAAGGAACCUGCUCGUGUAGAUCAGUUAGAGCAGCACCUUUUGAAAAAGCUUUUUCGUGCGACGGUAGUGUUCUUAUGGUGAAAAACGUUGCCUUUCUUCAGGCUGUUUUGCAGCGCACGUAGGGAAACAAAAGCUUUCUCAAAGGUGGUAUGAUUUUUUCUAUGGUGGAGGAAAAAAGGAAGGGAUUUACUGCUGCCACUUUACGGCUGUUGAUAGAAAAGAAGAGGUUCGGAGGUGUUGAAACGAAAUCGGUGUUGUUUUCUUUCUUCGUCGCUGGUUGAAUGGCGGUGGCGAUUUUUUUUUCCAUUAUAACUUUCCUCCAUUGCAAUUUUCUGGGAUUCGCAAAGAUCACGUUGCACUGAAGUAAAUUUAAGGAUCUGUACCGUGCAAGUUGCUGUGAAAUUACCGCAGUCGUGAUGCAAGAUUGAAAGAGUUUGUAAGUGCUUUUCUACGAAAAACCCCUAAAUCUUUCAGUCGACCUGUUUGUAUUGAAAAUUUACUCUUUCCUUCUGGGAAGGAAGUAGCCGGGAUAUCUUCAAAACUUCCAUCGGAAAACUAUGAUAGCAACACGCUGUAACGAACUAGAAAGGCGUAGAGUGAAACGACGAAGAAGGAACUACCAUAGCCAGCAGCAGAAUAUCGAAUCCGGAAUAUUACAGAAAGAAUUAUAAAAUUCACAGAUAAGUAAUAAUAGUAGAGCGUUUAUCGGCUGAACUCAACUUUAUAAAGAUGGAUGUGGGGAAGUUGUUUUCCGAUUUGGAGUCAAAUAAUCUAACUUUGGUAGACGAGUCGAAGAAGCGAUUCUCAGAGCUGUUUGGAGCAACUCGCGAAACAUGGAUCUCGCACUGCAUGAUGGACUACUUCGGCCAGACGUCCUCGAUCCGGAUCGUCGAUAUAUUGGUCAAGGUACAGCAUCCGCACGAUAAGUAUAUUUUGGACAAAUUGGCCGAUUGGAUACGCAGUGGAUCGAAUAAAAUGUUAGCUCUGACACUUUUUGGACACAUAAUCCAGAAGCGGCCAACGUGGCUUUACAAAGUUGGCUCACAUCAGCUGGUGAAGGAGGUGCUGAAAUUGUCUCGACUUGAACGAGAAAUAAUUCCCCUGAUCAAUGCGGUUUUGUGCAUCAUCGAUUUGUUACCGGUUAUUCCUCUUGUUAUGGGAGGUUACGUACAGGACUUAUUCGAGGUGUUCAACUACCUGGCAACAUUUGAUCGAAAUACCUCGGUCAGUUUACCAGAAGAUCAACUGAUUCAUUUGCAGUUUGGAUUAUACGAGCUGUUCAAUCGAUUGUAUGGCAUGUAUCCUUGUAACUUUGUAACGUUUUUGAAACAACAGUAUCGCGGGGACAAACAGGCAGUCUUUCAGCACACCAUCAAACCGCUGUUGGAUACGGUCAAGAUUCAUCCGCGAUUAGUGUUUUCAGACAAGGAUAGCGAAAUAAGUCAAGUACGUUGGAAAAACAUGGAGCCUCAUGAUGUGGUCAACGAAUGCGCUCGAAUGUCGCUAGAUUAUUUGGAUAAAUCCCAGGAAACACAACCUUUAUUUGGUUCGGAUUGUCCCUGUUAUGCCACUCCUACCAAACCGUUCGAAAUAAAUCCAGAUUCAGAGCCCUCGACCACCAGCGAUUUCCAGUGGAAAUCAAGUGUCAACUAUUUCAAUACAAUAUCGACCGAUCAGAAGCUCAGCACAAUAGCAGCCCAAAAUACGUUCUGGUCGCCUAGCAACAUGAUGCAACCGACACCUCCCCCUGCCGGAUCAUCAACUGUUCCACAUACACCGAUCCCGACACCCAGCUAUGCUAUUCCAUCUAUCUCGGGUCCACAUUUGCCGGCAGCUGACGGGGCUUCGCCACCGGAAGCAGCCGUUGAGGCCACGCCGGAAACUACCCCUAUGAAAGAUAUCGUUAAGCCAGUUCGCCCAUUUCCCGUUAACUCAAAUACGGUCCGAGCUAUGUUCAACACAAGCCAACCAUCAUCUCCAAUCAAGAAAGAUGCGGGUUUUAGUUACGAAAAAAGUGUCAUCACAACCCAAAAGCUACUCAGAAUGGUAAACGAUAGAAAUCACUCUAUCAUACAGAUUUCGACCAAUUCGACCGCCACGACGGGAACUUCUACCAGCAAUAGCGUACCUUCAAGCCCGCUGCCCAUUGACCAGCCAUCAUUUGAGGUUAAUCGAGUUACGCAGCUUGUGUCGAAUUUGAAGCUUACACCCGGUGGAACGGCUCCGCGCUACGAUUCCCCUUUGAUAAUAAACCAAGGCGAUUGCACUCAGGAAGAUCAGGAAGUUAACGAUAUUAACAGCCACCUGCUGCAAGAACCGAUGGUUCAGCAACCGCAGCCUCAAUCCCAACAGAGCAAUCAGCUACUGCAAUCGCAAUCACUUCCGGUGCAACAUCCGAUGAGGGAAGCGUACGACGCAGAAGAUUUCGAAGACCAAGAAGAGGGCUCGCCAUGCUCUGCCGGAGGUCUUCAUUUCAAAAAUUCUCAAUCUAUGAUCAAUUUCACAAGGCAGCGAUACCGGAUGCACAGUCAGUGCGUGGUAGAUUCUGAUCCCAGCUACAGUACGGGUACAUCUCCGGCCGAUACCAGUGGCGGUUACAUGAUGCUUAAAAAUAGUGCCACGGCAAGCAGUACAAUUCGUUCAGAUGCACCAAAGAAGCAUCAACGAAGACAUUCCUUGCCAGAUCUUAAAAAGUACAUGCUUAAAGUAGAUCCCAAAACGAUGGCUGUGGAAAGGCAAGAUCUAACGUUGGUCGAAACCAAUGGCGAUAGCAGUAUGGGAAGUAGCCCGUCGGAAGAGGAAGCCAUCUCGGCAGCAACUCAUUUCAACAAAAAGCAAGAACAAAAGACUGAGGAACACACCCGUCGUAAUAUGGUACUGUUCCAGGAAAUUCGUAAAAAUUUAACCAAAGUGGGCUCAAUUCCCCAAAGAGCCAGCCAAAAUGGUUCGAUGCCACAACAACUGAUUAGCAGUGGGACACAAACGAUCGAAAGCUAUCCGCAGCCGUAUGAGCAGAUUGUGUACGGAAUCCUGCAAGAAGAUUUGAAAUACAAAUCUGACAUUGCCAUGAAACGCCUUCAGGACAAAAAAGAAACCGACAAAAGUCUGGAUCCGCACACGAUGCUGGAUCAGUACAUAGAACUAUGUGUGAAAAAACGCGCUGAAUCGGGGGAUCCUCGUCGGGUGGAAGAUAUGUAUCGCGAUCAUCUUACCCUGUUGAAUCUACAGUUGCAGUAUGAAAAACAUCGCCGAGAAAUUCACGCUGAACGUAAUCGUCGUCUUUUGGGCAAAAGUCGGGUUAUUCGGGGGCUAGAACAGAACAAUGAGAUGCUUAAGGAUCAAGUUUCGCGACUCACCAAAGAAAUCAGCUCACUGAACAUUGAACUCACAGGAUUGCGCAAACGAAUUAACGUGGAUUGGACCAAAAGUUCGAGUGAUGUUAUCGAUCUGAAGGAACGUUAUGCGGCAGAGCUAAGGAAAACUCAAGAACAACAAGCACGGAUAAAGGAAUUGGAAGUUGCUCUGGCUGAUGAUUCUCGAGCUCGUAAGGAACAGUCGAUCGUAAUCGAGCAGGCACGGGGAGAAUUGUUCGAUUUAAGAAACGAAAUGCACCAGGCUUUGCACAAGGCCGAACUUGGUCAACAAUAUAGGGACGAGUUGACUAAACUGCAGUGCGAGAUGAUUCUUAUGGGAGAAAUUCAACUUAAGUGCAAAGAAAGGCUUGAAGAGUUAGAUAAUAUCAAAGCACGUGACAUAGAGAUUAUGAUGAUUCAGGAAGCAUACUAUGAGGAAGUCAAGGAUCUAAGAUCCAGCGUCGAAUUGAAAUCGGCCCAGCUGGAUUCGGCCAAGGAACGAUUAUCGGAGCUAGAACUGCAGUUAAACAAGCGUGAUGAAACGAUAACAAUGCAAAAGCGUAUGUUGAAGACGGUUAAGGAGGAACACAAAGAGCAAUUCAACGCAUUAGAACGUAAAUAUGACGCACAAAAAGCGAUAGUGAUUCGCAUGGAGGAAGCCAUCUUGGAGCUCCAGAUCAACAAUGCUGGCCGCUCUCCGGAUUCCGAUAAAACAGAUGCGGUCGGUAGUCUCGAUCACACUUCACCACUUUCGAUAUCGUUAGCCUCGAGCGAAGGACUCUCGGAAAUCCGCAACCUUGCUCUGGUAGUUCAAUCCGGAGGAGUGAACAAUAACCACGAAAUGGAUUCCAACCUUCCGACACCGACAACGGCCGGUCCAUCGACAAUCUCUGGUGGCGUUCGAAUGGUGAUGGACAAUAAUAAUAGUGGUCCUUCGGGAAGCAGUUCUGGAAGACCACCGUUACCGUCAUCCCAUCAACACCCUCAUCACCACCAUCCCCUACAUGACAGCGAUAUGCCUGGGCCAAGUCAGCGGCUGUGAAGUUGGAUUUUUCAUUCAUUCUCAUGAGGUAACGAUUUUCAGUUUUCCAUUUUUUUUUUAUAAUAUCAGUCUCUUCUAAGGACCAACCUGGAAACAAAACAAAAGAUCAAUGUCGAAUCUUUUCUAAGUCACCAACUAGCGUUGGCUAUCAACGUUGAUACUCUCGUCGGCCGCUUAUCUUUGUUCAUAAGGAUAGAGGCAAAUUUUUAUUGUUUGUGCUAUUAUAGCGAUUAACUGUUGAAUUCAUCAUUUGAUGGCGUUUUUCCUCUCGAACAUUGAAAUACUUUAAAACAUUUGCAUACGAACAGAAAGCAACAGUUUUCAUUAUGAUUUUCCGCAUAAAUGUCAAAAACAAAGUUUUUUAAACUCAUUUCAUUUAAAAAAAUAUUUUUUUGUUGUUUUUUUUAAAUAUCUACUUUAUUUUAAAUUUCGGAGCUCUUUCGUCCAAAGAUCUGUUAUAAAAAUCACCUGACCGAACGGUCGGAUUGUACAUUAUGGAAAACGCAAAACAAGACUGUGUUACCUUGCCGAACAAGCUCUUGGUGGACAUUGUUAAAGAUAUACAAAAAAAACAUACAUCCCCGAAAGCUUGUCAAGUUAUCAAGGGGUAACGACUGGAAGAUCGCUUUAAUAAUAAUAAUAAAAAAGAAUCGAAACAAAAAAUGAAGAGUAUGAAAAUCACCUUGUUGUUAAUUAACUAAUCUUUAAGAAAACGAAACAUAAAACAAACAACACUAUUGAACAAUCUUUGUCGCAUUCGGCGAGGAAUCACAGAUGAACAUAGUUACACAAGUAAAAGAUACUACAAAUUAUAUAAUUAUUGGAAAACGGAAGGAGAAAAUGCGCUAUUGUAAAUAGCAGUUGCAAAAUCGAUCGUCACUAUCUUAUACAAACUAUAAUUGAUUCGUAGAACUACCGAAAUGUUACAAACAUAAAAUCAAACACUGCAACAGUUUAACAGAACUUUAAAAUCUUCAUCUAUCUUUGUACCGGUCAACCCGAAACUAGACAUCUUGUAUUGAAUAAUAUAGUCAUACUUACACGGAUUCGAAUUGAGUUGAUAUCAGACAGCAAAAAUCCAUCAUCGUUGAUUUUUUUUUUUUUCAUUCGAAAAUAUCAAGAAACUGAGUUUGUUUCCGGUAAUGUAGGCGAGGAAAGAGAUCGAAAAAGUUACAAUAAAUUCCGGUUUAUGAAACAAAA